GCAGUGACGUGUAUUUCAAUAUUUUACAGUUUGGCUGUUUUAGUGGGUUAUAAUGAGUUGAUGAAAAAGAUGAAGUGGUCUUUCGGAUUAUUGUUGGUGCUGGGUGUACACUCUAUACUGGCCGACAAUGAAGACCCAUACGUACAAAGUAAUGAACCAAAUGAAGAUGAAGGAAGAGACGGCGGUGACGACUGUGACUGUCCUGAAAUGAAAAGGCUGCUGUGUGGCACUGACGGGGUGACGUACUUCAACCUUUGCAAGCUCCUUUGUGCCAGUGACAAGGAUUCUAGCAUCAGCAUGAAGUACCCUGGAAGGUGUUAUUAAGUGAUAGGAUAGGCUUCUCAACAUCUUGUAAGAUGUUUCAAGGUGAAAUAUGAUAGACCAACUAAUAACGAGAGCUUUAUACAAAAUAGCCAUUUAAAAAACCGUGUCUUAUGCGACUUGGCAUAAACGAUUUAACCUAAAAUUCGAGUCAGCGUAGUUUAAAUUACUAAUGACGAAAUGGUGGUCGAUUAUUACAGUGAUAUUACAUUUAUAUACUGAAAAAUAAAAU